AUGCAAUCUAAAUUUUGGGGUGAUGACUCAGACGAGUCUGAUUAUUCAUCAGAAUAUUCUAGCAAUGGUGAAGAAGACGUGCCAAAACGUCAAAAUGAUCCACCAACUUGGACAUUGGAUAGCUCCAGUGAUGAUGGUGAAUCUAGAGUGGUUAAAUCUGCCAAGGCUAAAGCUAUUGAAACUAUUCAAAAUCACAUUAAAACUAUUGAUCACUUAAAGAAGAUUAGUGAUUUUUCCGAAUUGUUAAAAGAUUAUGACAUGCUGUCCAAAUUAGUGGACAAACAAUACUCAUCGGGAAGACUACCCAAAUUGAUCGUAAAACUCAUAACAGAUUUGAUCCAAUUUAUGGACCUUCAGCAAAAGGAUAAAGAAUCCUGUAAGAAGUUUUCUAAAGCAAAGUCGAUUGCUUUCAACACAUUGCGUUCUAGGCUCAGAAAAUUUAGCGAGCAAUAUUCUGACAUCAUAGAUGAGUAUAAUGCAGAUCCUGAUAAUUUUCAUGACAUUUUGGAACAAUCGGAUCAUGAAUAUAGCGAUUCCUCUCUAUCUAGUGAAUCUGAUAUAGAUGAAGGUAGUUAUAGUGAAGAAAAUGAUUCUGUUACUCAAACUAAUGAUGAUUCAGGAUCAGAUUUAGAUGAAUCGAGUAGCUGGUCAGAUUCUGGUUCAUCUGAGGUUUCUGAUAUUGAUGAAGAUAAGCAUAAACUUGCGAUGUCUAAAUGGGGAGUUAAGAAGACGGAAAAACUUUCAGAAGUUAAAGAAAAGGUAGUAAAAAAAGUGAAAACGAAGGUGUCUAAGAAGAAAGAUGAAAAAGAUAAACAAGUUCCCAUGUCUAACUAUGGUAAAUUUUCUGCUAUCGCAUCAGCUGCGGAUGCCUUGUUUGCACAUUUGAAAGAGGUGAAAUUAGGUAAUGAUGACAACCCUUUUGAUAUUGUGGUUCCUGAGAUUGAGGAACUAGUUAAUACAGUACAUUUGACAGAGGAUUCAGUAAGAUCAUUUGUUAAAUCUAUAAUCGAGAAAAGGGGGAAACGUGGUACUAAUAAUUUGGAAAAUGUACGUGUAUUACAGGUUUUGGUUUAUAUUGCUAAAAAUAUUUCGCAUACUUUAUAUCUAGAGGUUCUUGAAACACUUACCCACUUGCAUUUUGAUUCUUAUUCUUAUGCUUACGGGGCCAUGUCACCUUCACAAUGGAUUAAUGCAUAUAGGAUCGCAUUUCAUUUGCUAUCUGAGCUCAUUAAAAAUCCAAAACUAUUACUUCUUUCUGAGAAUUUUAGUCUUUCAUCACACACUCAAAAUGAAGAAGUGGAGGGUGUCAAUUCUAAAGGUAAUACUGUAGAAAAAUUGAAAGGAUCUACGUCUCUUUUGUCAUCCAUUGUUCAAAAAUUGAAUGAUGAAUUGUAUAAAGGGCUCCUAUAUACUGAUGUGCAUCAUCCAGACUACAAAACAAUGCUGGCAUACACUAUAGAUAUGCUUUAUUUAUUACACAAAACCUUUGUAUAUUUUCUAAAAAAAGAUAAGAAUAUUUACGACCAAGCUGCGACUAUAGCAUUGAUAAUUCUCGAGCAUAUUCAUUACAAGGACGAUGUUAUCGCAUAUAAAAUAUGGGAUUUAAUCAGGAAAAAAGUGAAAGAUAUAGAUCAGCUUGAAUAUUUUUUCCCAUGUAAAACUAAAAAACCUUCCGAUAUAGUCUCUGAGUUAGUAAAUUUUGUUUUUACCCAUGGAACACACCGUGAGAAAAUUAGGGCUUGUCUUCAUCUAGCUUACAAUAAAUCAUUGCAUGGAUGCUACUAUGAGGCACGUGACUUGCUUCUUAUUCCAAAUUUACAAGAAAUGGCAAAUGAAACGGAUAUUUCAACGCAGAUAUUAUUUAAUCGCAAUCUAGCACAGCUUGGUAUCUGUGCAUUCAGAUCCGGUCUUAUUCGUGAAGCCCACUCAUAUUUAAUGGAUAUAUGCUCACAGAAUAGACAUAAAGAGUUAUUGGCCCAGGGACUAUCAAAUUCUAAGAAUCAAGAUAAGACGGUUGAGCAAGAGAGGGCAGAGAAAAGGCGAUUGCUACCACAUCAUAUGCAUCUUAGUAUCGAGUUGAUUGAAUCAGUAAAUAACAUUUGUGCUUUACUUUUGGAAACGGCAAAUUUUGCAAAAUCAUCAUUAAAUAACAGAGAAAUCAUAUCUAGACAAUUUAGAAGAAUGUUUGAGAUUCAUGAAAAACAGGUUUUCGUGGGCCCCCCUGAGAAUAAUAGAGAGAUUAUAUUAAUAGCAUUCAAGUAUCUUCAAGUUGGAAACUGGAAAGAAUGCUACAACCAAAUUUUGACCUUGAAUACCUGGAACAAUAUGCCAGAUAAAGAAAAUGUACAAGAAAAAUUGAAGGAACUAAUAAAGAUAGAAGCAUUUAGAACAUACAUUUUUAAGUAUGUCAGCAUUUACGAUUCCUUCUCUCUUGAUCAACUAUCUUCAAUGUUUGCUCUGAACCAAAACAUUAUCCAUUCCUUGAUUAGUAAAAUGAUUGUUAAUGGUGAGAUUCACGCUAGUUGGGAUGACAACAGUAAGUGUUGUUUGAUAAACCAUACAGAACCAACGGAACUGCAAAAGCUGGCUAUAAAAUUAGCAGAGAAUCUCACCACUGCUGUCGAACAGAACGAAUUGACUCUCAACAUGAAAAAUUCUAAGUUUGCACUUUCGCAGGACCGCAGAUUCCAGCAGCGCGACACCAAAUUCAGCUAUAAUGCUCGUCAUGACGAUGGAAGGAUAUCUAAUUUUAAUUUUAAUAGAAAUAGAAGAGCCAUACAAUCAGGUCGCCACCACUACAAACAAUCUAUGAUAGGAACAAGGUAA